AUGCCUACACCGACGACGCAGAAAGCUUGGAUAGUUGAGCGAAUGGGACGCCCCUCGAAGGCGUUGAAGUUCCACUCGGAUUGGCCCGUUCCGAGCGAAAUCCCGAAGGACCAUGUACUCGUCAAGAUACAAGCUGCCGCCCUCAACCCCAUAGGAUACAAACUGAUGCAGGUCGCACCCAACUUUCUGGCCAAAAGACCUUUGAUCGCAGAGCACGACUUCUCCGGCGUGGUCGUGAAGGAGAACGGCACCGAGUUCGAGGUUGGGGAUCCGGUGUUCGGAUUCUUCCACGUCUCUGUGGCCCUGAAGACGAGACAGGGGGCUCUGGCUGAGUACGCGGUGGUACCUGCGAUAAGCGUGGCGAAACGGCCUUCCAAUAUCGACGCGAUUAAGGCGUCUGGGUUGGCGGUGGUCGGCCUCACCGCGUACCAGUCUAUGUUCCACGACGCGCGCCUGGAAGCUGGCCAGACCGUCUUCAUCAACGGCGGGAGCACCUCCGUAGGGCUGUUCGCGAUACAGAUCGCGAAAGCGCACGGGCUCAACGUCGUUGUGAGCGCGUCCGGGAAGAACGAGGAGCUGGUCCGGAAGAUGGGUGCGGACGAGUUUAUUGAUUAUACGAAGGAGCCAUUGCACAGAUACCUUACAUCCCACCCGCCCUCACCCAAAUUCCACGCCAUAAUUGACGCGUACGGCCUGUCGGAUCCGUCUCUGUACACCCACAGCCCCGCGUACCUGGCGCCCGGUGGAGCAUUUGUGACGACUACCCCGGCACCGCACAAUGUGUCUCUGACAGAGCUUGGCAACCUGUUCAGAACCAUUGCUGCAAUGACAUGGCCCACAUGGCUUGGUGGCACUCCUCGGGAAUUCAAGGUCUACGGGCUAGUGCAGAACAAGGCGGAUAUCAACGCACUGCGCGACCUGGUAGCUGAAGGCAAGGUAGUGGGAGUGGUGGACUCCAUAUACGAGAUGGACGACGCGCUUAAAGCGUACGAGAGACUGUUGACUUCGAGAGCGACUGGGAAAGUUGUGAUCAAGAUAGACGUACCACCUGAAACGAACGAUGUCGUGGACAGUUCGUAG